AUGUCCUCUGAUUUGGUACCCAUGUUAUCACAAACUAUCAUUUCCAACGAUAUGACCUUUGCCGUUGCAGUGCUCCUCGUCACCCGCGUUCCAAUGAUUGUUGCGGAUUUGUUUGUCCUGAUUUUGACAUGGAAGAAGACCUAUCGGCAGUACAGAGAAGCAAGGGCAUUGAGCAUCAAGUCUCCGCUCACUACAUGUCUUAUAAAGGAUGGCACAAUAUACUUCUCGCAAGUCUCGAUACCAAUUGCCUUCAUUGUUCCUCUACUGACAGCCACCACCAGCAUCCUUCUGGCCCUGAAUUUCUCUCAGCUCAUGUCUAUCUACUUCAAUUCUAUAAGCAGCAUCUCCUCGUUCACAGGUGUAAUGCCACAAAUUCUGAUUUGCCGCCUCAUGAUGAAUCUACGCCAACUCAGCCUCGGCAGAUCCGCUACUUCUGAAGUCAAGACGUCUCAGCAGCUAGUUUCGUUGCACAUGCCGACAUUCAACAAUGAUGCAACACCGAGUUUCAUGGGGAACAUUGGCGAACCACUGGACCACGAUCAAGAUGACAGGGGGGACGACGUGCAUGUCAGCAAAGAGCAGCCUGUGCCGCGCACUGAAGAAGAGCUGGAUGUCUAAUCAACCAUCCAGCAGUUGUACCACGGGAUUAUCAAAUUUUCAUGGCACGGGACAUUAUUGAUGUGAAUUCGCAUCCUUGGGCAUUUUUCCUUUCUUUUUUUUGUUUGACUCGAUACAGCUUGAUCUGGGUAUAAAUGUGUGCUGCGAUACGUAUCAUGUGCUUGCAUAAUCUGUC